AUGAGGAAGAAGGCAGCUUCGAUCACUCAAGAAACAACGAACGAUUAUCCUCUUUUCCGAGUGAAGGUAUGGUUAGGUGAUAACGCUGAUCACUACUAUGUUUUAUCAAGAUUCUUGCUCAGCAGAAUGUUGACCGUCACUAAGAUACCGAAUCAUGUAGCUGUUAAAAUUGCUCUUGAGCUCAAGAAGCUGCUCAUCGAUAACAGUCUCCUCGAUGUCUCUCAGUCUGAUUUGGAAGCUAAUCUAUUCAAGUUUCAUACGCCCUCCUCACACAUAAGAGUCCAUUUGCAGCUUAUGGAGCGGCGGGGGUAUGGAGAAGAGUACAUAAAUCGUUACAAGAUGAUGACAAGAUUUCACCAUCAAAGAGUGCCCUUGGUGAUUCUUGUUUGUGGAACUGCCUGUGUUGGGAAGUCUACCAUAGCUACCCAACUUGCACAACGGCUGAAUUUGCCUAAUGUCUUGCAGACAGAUAUGGUGUAUGAAUUGCUGCGAACGUCAACCGAUGCACCAUUGGCAUCUACUCCUGUAUGGGCACGAGAAUUCAGCUCUUCUGAGGAGUUAAUUACUGAAUUUUGUAGAGAAUGCAGAAUUGUUCGUAAAGGUUUGGCUGGUGAUUUGAAGAAAGCAAUGAAAGAUGGAAAGCCAAUUAUAAUUGAGGGGAUACAUUUGGAUCCAAGCAUUUACUUGAUGGAUGAAGAAAAUAAGUUACCAGCUAAAAUGCCAGAAAAAUCUGAGACAAACCCUGUUUCAGUGACUCUGGAUGAUGAUCCUGCAAGACAGAUGGAAAAUAAUUCUACAAGUGUUAGUAGAAAUCAUACUAAAAAUUGCACUCCUGGUCUUUUGACCUCAGAAGAAGGGAAAUCUGUUAACCAGGUGAAUAAAGUUGUGGAUUCUCAGGAAUCUACAGAUAAAGCUGGAAGCAUUCCUGAUAAUAAAGGUGAAACUGUUAAAGGUCUUGAGGGAGAUAGAAAGACUUCUGUUAGCUUAAAAUCUGGUCCUGAACCAAUAAUUAUACCAAUAGUUCUGAAGAUGGCUGAAUUCGACCAUAAGGCAUUACUUGAGGAGUGGAUCUCAACUCGUUCAUUUAGUGAUAAAUGCCCUGUCGAGGUACCAAAGACUGCUUAG